UUCCAUCCUCCUCUCCUGUCUCCGCACUGCUGCCCCCUCCCUCUUGCUGCUCGGUGUCACCAGCAUCAUCACCAGCAGCAGACAUUUGGAGAGCAAAUCCAGGAUUGCGGUCAAAUCAGCUGCGCGCAUCCUGCCUCCCGUGGACAUUUCUUGGGAAACAUCCGCGGCGUUUUGCGCUGCCUCCAAGGAUCAUCAUUUGAAUGUUUUUAUUUUUUUGCUUCCCUUUUUGUCUGAACUGUGUGGAUGCUUCAAUGCAGAUUUGCUGGUGCUGAGGAGCCUCAUCUGACUGUGAAGGCUGCAGGCCAGACGCGCAUUUGCGGGGCCUUUAAAUAGAGAGCCAACCACCCGGGUUGUCCGCGUCCUUCCUGCGCCCUGUGGUUGUUCAUGGACUGCAGCUGAUUUUCUGCAAUCUCUCUUAAUCAUUUGCGGUAGAAGAUGGCGGACAGGGCUGAGAUGUUUUCUCUAUCCACUUUCCAUUCCCUCUCUCCGCCUGGAUGCAGGCCUUCCCAUGACAUCAGCCUAGAGGAGUUUGAUGAUGAAGACCUCUCGGAAAUCACAGAUGACUGUGGGAUUGGACUCAAUUACGACUCUGAUCCAUACGAAAAGGAUUCCCUCAUCCUGGAGAAAAGCGAUAUGCACCACCCAGUCUGCUCCUUCCAAGAUGACUUCCAAGAGUUUGAGAUGAUUGAUGAUGAAGAUGAGGAUGAUGGAGAGGAAGAAGAGGAAGAGAUUGACCCCGAUGGACCACCGUCUCCCUCUGCAUCCCCUCCUCCCUCACCCACCCUAGGGACGCUGAAGAGCAGACCCACAACACUAAACCUCACCACUGCUGUUUCACAGGAUUCGCUGAACAACAACAGCAGUCUGUCCCCAAAAAAAGGAAGCUGGCAAGACUCUUUACGCAAUCCCACUUCACAAGGUCGUCUGUCUCCAACCCACUCAUGCUUGGAGGAUGGAAGCCAUGUGAUAGGCCAGUGUAGAGCCUCGCCAAUGUCCCAGGCUCCAGGGCCACAGAGCAAAGGUACUCCUCCAAAACAAGCAGGGGAGGGCGGGAACCCCCAGUGUCCUCAUAGGCCCCUCCUCUGCGACAUGGAGGGCAACAGACGGGAAAGGCCCGAAUAUGGAUCAUUUGGUCAGCACAGGUCCCACCCAUGCCCUUCAGAGUUCACUGAGUCAAAGUCAGACCUGUCAGUCCAGACAGCCAGAGUGCCCUCCAUUGAUGAACACUCCCAGUGUUCAGACACAGAGGUGGACCACGACCUCAAUAGUGACCACAAUCAUAAACACUUGAGCCGGCGAGCCACAGACACGUACACAAUCACCAGUGAGUCUGGGAUGCAACCAGAAAAUGAUCCAGACCCAGAUGGAACCAGUCAUUGUUUGUCAUCGACGGCUCCCAUGGGAGCAAACGAGGGCUCCGAUACCCCUUUGUCUGAUGAAGAGCUGGAGAAGGAAUUUGAGGUGGAGUUCAUAUACAAGGAGCAAUGUGACAUGACCUGCAAGGAGAAUCAGUCAGUUUAUGUGGAAUUCCCCUCAAUUGAGCCCUCGGACGCAUUGUCUUUCUCUAGCUUUCAAUCAUCAAGUCGCUCUGAAGCUCCAGACCAGGCCAACAGUUCAGAAUCUCCAACAGCUUCCUCUGUUGAGCCAGCAGCUAACGAUUCGACCUCUCCAUCCUCAGACCCAGGGAUAGCAGACAUGAACCAACAGGGUUAUGUGACAUCAGACCAGGACAAGGACCUUAGCUCUCCAGGAUCGGAUUCUGACGUUGAAGGGGAGCUUGAAGCAGCAUUUGCCUCUGGUGGUCCUGCAGUUUCCAACAUGAUCUCCUCUAUCUCAGAAACAGAGUUGGACUUAACUAGUGAUGAAAGCAGCAGCGGGCGCUCAUCUCACCUCACCAACUCGAUCGAGGAGGCCAGCUCACCAACAUCAGACCAGGAACUGGACCCAGAUACUGAGUUAGAACAAGACAGUGGGAUUGUUGGCCUGAAAGCAUCUCUGCUUCUGGGCCAGCGUGACCCAAUUAAAGAAGACUCUCUUCUACCUUCUCCAUCCCCUAAUCCCUCACCGACUAUUGCUACACCUUCACCUGUUGACUCCUCCGUCUUUCCUCCUGAGUCCUACGAUGACGGUCAGGCUCUGAUGGGGUUGCAGAAUGUGGAUGACGAGCUGGCUUGUGAGCACCAUGCCGACCCAGAUGAGACUCUCCCUCCAGCUCAGAGGUGUGAUGACCAUUUGUCCAGACCAAUGGUUCUUGAAAUAGAACCAGACCACAGCCUAGAGAGUUUCAAACGUUCCUUCUACCUACCAGUGGGUCCCAGACUAAUGCCAUGUGCAGAUGAAUAUGAUGAAACAAGUGAGGGAGAGUCUGAGUCAGAAAGUGAAGACGACCUAAGCGAGAACUCAGACUCCCCAUGGCUUCUUAGCAACUUAGUCAACCGGAUGAUAUCAGAGGGCUCAUAUCCAAUUAGUUGCCCUGAGGAGUGCUUUAGGAGGAAGGCCUCUAUGUCAGAUACCAUCUCACCAUCUUCCGACAUUGGAGAUGGAGAUGAUUUUAAUGACGAGAGCCAGGAUAAAAAAUUGGACAUGGGGCAAACACAGGGAGGUGAAACAGAAGGCAAAGGGUACAGAAAAGAUGGGAUGGAGCCAGGUGAAAGUUCUCAUCUCUCUAUGACCAAUCCCAAUGUUGGAAGUUUAAGCCCGAAGAUUUUGGACUGCCGAGCAAACAGUGAGAAGGAAACCACAGAUUUGAACUCCUUGUAUGCCAAUAGAUAUUGUGACAAAAACUCCACAGAGAAAUUAUCCAAGAACACUGGGAGUCUAGUGGAAGAAGAACCUAACAAUGACUUGAUGAUGCUGGAAGGCAGAAGGGAUUUGGACUCACCAAGCCUCAGUGAAAGUGUGAUCAGUGACAAAGAUGAGGGGCGGGAAACUGAACCCAGGCCAACAAGUCGUUCAUCGGCAUCUCUGGAGCGCAUCACGGAGGUCAAAAACAGUCUGACUCUUGACAUACCAACUGCUCAAACGAACCGCUGCUUUAGCCUCACCUACUCCACUGAUAAUGAUGAAGAGGAGGACAAUGGGGACUCUUAUCCUUUCCUUGACAGCUCACCACCCAUUGACUCAAGUGUGCACAGUCAUCCCUUACCUGACCAUGACCACCCACUGUGUGAGAAAGACCUGAUUAUUAGGCAGCCACACGAAGAUGAAGGACUGGCUUAUGACUCUAUGAAGUACACAUUAGUGGUGGAUGAGAACACAACGCUGGAACUAGUUAGCCUCCGGAGGUGCACAUCAGUUUUGAGUGAUGACAGUGAGCUGUCAACUUUAUGUGAUGAGGAGCCGUUGAGGACUGGAAACAUGGGCUACAGGAAUGACGAUGAGGAGGUCAGACCAGAACUUCUGAGCUCGUCUGAAGACUCCUCCCCUGAGGCUGAUCUUCCAUUUUCAAAGAAGUUCCUAAACGUGUUUGUCAACAGCACAUCCCGCUCCUCAAGCACAGAAUCCUUUGGACUUUUCUCAUGUACCAUCAAUGGAGAGGAGCGAGACCAGACUCACAGAGCGGUUUACAGAUUCAUUCCUAGACACGAGGACGAACUGGAGCUGGAUGUGGAUGAUCCUUUAUAUGUGGAGGAAGAAGAGGAUGACUAUUGGUACAGAGGAUAUAACAUGAGAACUGGAGAAAAAGGAAUCUUUCCUGCCUUUUAUGCCCAUGAGGUCAUUGGUCAGUCCAAGGAGCUGCUGGGCCUGAAAAGGAAUCCAGGGUGGAUAGAGACCUUCAAUGUUCAGUUUUUGGGUUCUGUUGAGGUACCUUAUCACCAAGGCAACGGCAUUCUCUGUGCCGCCAUGCAAAAGAUUGCAAUGUCGCGGAAACGGACGGUACACGUGCGACCUCCAUCUCUGUGUGAACUGGAGAUCAGCUUACAAGGGGUUAAACUCAUCAUGAGCUUGGAGGACGAAUAUGACGCCCUUGAUGAGUACGACAGAUGUAGCCACUUCUUCCAGAUGAAGAACAUUUCGUUCUGUGGAUGCCAUCCAAAGAACAACUGCUACUUUGGUUUCAUCACAAAGCAUCCGAUGCUGAACAGAUUUGCUUGCCAUGUGUUUGUAUCCCAGGAAUCAAUGCGGCCUGUGGCUGAGUGUGUUGGUCGGGCCUUUCAAGAGUACUACCAAGAACACCUGGAGUAUGCCUGCCCCACUGAAGACAUCUACCUGGAGUAGGAGGAGUUCAUUCGAUGACUCUUUUCCUCUACAGCCUGUGUACAUUGGUUGUUUUCCACCAGAGGACACUGUCAGUCUUUCUUUACUUUUCUUUUCUUCCCACCAGGAUCAUUGUAAAAUAUUUUUCUGCAUCCUUCUCAAACUGGGAUCCUCAUUUCUACAGUAAGCUAUUCAACCCUGUUUUCCCUCAACUUCCCUUCUCUCGAUGCAUUUAUUGCCUGUUUCUUUUACUGUUUUUUUCUAUGAUAUAAAACUAAAAAGCUGAGCACUUGUUUAUUUAAAAAAAAGAAUCCUGUUUUGAAAUGAAAAUCUUUGACCUACUAAGGCUGAAUCACCUCUCAAUGCAUGGCUGGUAGGGUUGCUGCACAACAACAAAUACAAAUAUCCAAGUGAAUGACAAGCAGCUCAACGGUAUCAUAGGGAAAGGUGUAGAAACAAAAGGGGUGUAAAUAUCUGUUUUUGAUGUUUAAACAGCUACCUUGCUUUGUACUGAAGAUGUUGGAGUUAACUAGAGAAAGUUAGCGGCCCUUUUAUUCAACCAAGCUCCCCACACGUCUCGUACAAGAUAAAGUGUGUGUUGUAAAUACAUGUAUAGAAAGUAGACUUACAUUGCUUCAUUGAGUCUGAUUUGGAAAAACUGUUGGGACUGAUUUUGCUCUAGACUUUUGAUGUAGGUGGAAAGAAAAUGACUCCUUCU